UUGGUCAAGAAUUGAGUACCUAAGUUCUGUUAUUGGUGAAGAUUUGGACAGUAUAUCGCCACAUUACGCCGACUUCAACGAUGGAUUAUUGAAAUGACUUGCCAGGUAAGUAAAUGUAUCAGCAUUCCUCUGACUUCAUCCCGAUUGGUUAACGCUAGCGCCCGUUUUGUAAGAAAUGUCACGACUGUGGCAGCUUUACUCCGGCAGCACAGGACUUCAAAGAGGAAGACAUUGACCUUGCCUAGGGCUCAGUAUGGUGGGCGACAUACGGUGACCAUGUUACCAGGUGGGGGGAUCGGCCCAGAAUUGAUGAACUACGUCAAAGAGGUCUUCAGAUACGGCGGGAUCCCCGUGGACUUCGAAACAAUACAGAUCGACUCUAAAAGUGACAACGAAGACUUGGAGCAUGCGAUCACGUCGAUCAAACGCAACGGAGUGGCGAUCAAAGGGAGCAUAGAGACAAGUGUGUUCACUGACGUCAUCAGUCAUAAUGUAGCGUUGAGAAACGAGCUUGAUCUCUACGUGAACGUUCUGACUUGCAAGUCCUACGACGGCGUUGUGGCGAGGCAGAAAAACGUCGACGUCUGCAUCGUACGUCAAAACACAGAGGGAGAGUACGCGAUGCUGGAACACGAGAGUAUCAGCGGCGUUGUGGAAAGUAUGAAGGUCGUGACUCGAGAGAACUCUGAACGAGUUGCACGGUUCGCUUUUGACUUAGCGGUGAAAACUGGGCGGAAGAAGAUGACGAUUGUGCAUAAAGCUAACAUUAUGAAACUCUCCGACGGUUUGUUCCUGGAGAUCGCACGCGAAGUUGGGAAGGACUAUCAGAAUGUUGUGACUGAAGACAUGAUCAUCGAUAACUGCUGCAUGCAGUUAGUGUCAAAUCCCCAUCAGUUCGACGCGAUGCUCAUGACCAAUCUUUACGGAACCGUCGUGUCCAACGUCGUCUGCGGCUUAGUCGGCGGCGCGGGACUCCACUCUGGAAGAAAUUACGGAGACCUUUACGCCAUUUUUGAACCCGGUACUAGAAGUACCAGUAGUGCUAUUGCUGGGAAGAACGUCGCCAACCCGGUCGCGAUGUUGAAUGCGGCGGUUGAUAUGUUGGAGCAUCUUGAACAUCAGACACACGCAAACAUUCUGUCAGAAGCCAUCAAUCAGACUGUUAACGUCGACAAGAUCCACACGCCUGACCUUGGAGGGGACGCUACAAGCUCACAGGUUGUGGAGAACAUCAUCAAACACGUCCUUGAGACUACCAAGUCGAUGAAGUGGACUACACAUUGAUAUGAUCGUUCAAUCACAUUGUCAGCUGAUCAAGAAGGGCUUCCUAGAGUGUUAUAGGUAACGUUUUAAAAUU